AUGGUUGCAGGUCUGAAUUCUAACCCUGAGAUUCUUCUGCGCAAGCGCAGAAACGCUGACAGAACUCGUUUGGAAAAACAGGAACUAGCCAGAAGCCGCAAGGAACUGCAACAAAAGCAGAAGCGGGCCCGCAAGAACAAGUUCGAGAGAGCGGAAUCUAUCGUUGCCACCUCGCUUGCCACCCAACGUGAAAAAGAGCGCAUCAAGCGUGUUUCAAAGCUAGAAGCGCAGCGCGCUAAGGGGGAAACGCAACAUCUAGCCUCCGACCGCGAUUUCAUUCUCAAAGUCACCGAGAAGACCGCUGAAGACAUUGCUGCAUCAAAGGAGCACGUUAACGACGAAGAAGAGGACUCGUUACUCACAGAGAAAUGUGUCUACGACGGCGAACCCACUCUUUUGUUCGUGCUGCGUAUCCGUGGCCCAACAUCCGCUAAGAUCCCACAAAAGGCUCAUAAAGUUUUGUCCCUGCUCAGACUCUCGGAUGUCAACACAGGUGUUUUUGUGCGUCUGUCACCACAAGUGUAUCCACUAUUGAAACUUGUGGCACCCUACGUGGUCGUUGGUCAGCCUUCGUUAGCCUCUGUUCGUUCGCUGAUCCACAAAAGAAGUCGUGUGCUACUGGCGUCAUCUCAGGAUGAAGAGCCUAAAGAAACCAUUCUCAACGACAACAACGUGGUCGAAGAUAAACUCGGCUCCGAAGGCAUAAUUUGUGUUGAAGAUAUUAUUCACGAAAUUGCUACUUUGGGUGAAGGUUUUGCAAAGUGUAACUUCUUCCUACUGCCUUUCCGCCUCAACCGCGAAGUGUCUGGCUUCAGCGCUCUAAGCAAGCUUAACAAGAUUAGACAAAGAGAGUGGCAGAAACGGGCGCUAAAGGUGUCCAACGCUUCUACUGCUCCAAUUGUCCAAGUAGACAUUGACAGUAUGAUUUCAAAACUCAACUAG